GCCGGCGUGUGAGAGGACGCCGGGGCGGGGCCAGCGAGUGAGAGCAGGCCGGAAGCUGGCUGGCGAGUGGAAAAAGGCCAGGGGCGGAGGGCUGUGUGAGGGGACGCCGGCUUAGUGGAGGCCUCGGGCGGCUGCAGUGGGGUCCCCCCUGGGCCCGGCCGCCACGCUUCGCCCCAGAAGGACUUCCGGCGGGCGGGACCCAGGGCCUGGCGCAGAAAGCGCCGAGGAGCGAGAUGGCGUCUUCCAGUGAGCAGGGAUCUGAAGGGAUGUUUGAGUGUCACUUCUGUGGCUUGGCCGUACCAUACAGCUACGUGGGACAGAAACCCCCCAACAGCCGCACUGUUGUGCUCCUGGAGGAGAGCUACGUGCGCAAGGACCCUUUCACCUCGGACAGAGACAAGUUCCUGGUCCUGGGCUCCCGGUGCAGCCUCUGCCGCCAGCUGGCCUGCGUGGGCCCUGAAUGUAGCUUAUUCUACACGAAAAGAUUUUGCCUUCCCUGUGUUCGAGAGAAUCUCAGUGCUUUCCCUCAGGAGAUCCGCCAAGACGUGGAGAAAAGACACGCUUUGUCCAAAGCUGCCUCCAAGAAGCUUGACUAGAGGACCUAAUUGUAGGUUUUGGCAAGAACAGAGUCCCUGGCGCCCCCUUGCCAUCGUGUCACUUCUCCAUUUUGUUCCUGGGAACGGAGGUCCCCUCGGUGUGGUUCCAUUGGCCAAUCACUGUAGCUUCUGAAAGGGGGGCUACACCAAGCCCCCAUAUGGGUUGUCUCUCAUAUUGCUGUGGUCACUAUUUCCAACCAUGGAAAUCAGUGGGAAUUCUGGCUUCAAUUGUUUUUGGCGAGUCUUUGUCAGAGGCUUCUUUGCAGAGGGCCCUGGAGGAGGAUCAGUGGGUCUAGUCCCUUGUCGUUCUGGGCCCAAAAUGCUGUGUGGGACCCCUGGACAGGGGAGUCCUGCACAGACUUUGCCUUGGGUGUCCAUCCAGAGAGGCUGACAGAGAAGCUGAGAGCACCCAGGAGUCCGGUUCCCUCCUGCUCUGGCCGGGGAGGCAAGCAUAGGCUUUCUCCCCCAGCCUUAGCUCCCUGCUUUUUCCCUCUCCCACUUAUGAGAGGGUAUCUCUUGGGCCUCUCAGCAGAGGGUGGGUAGAAGCUGGUACCCCUCCAGACACAGAUUUCUCUGGUGUCCUGCAUGUCAUGCCCAUUUUUGUUCACUUGACUUUUUCAAGCCCAAUAGCAAUCGAAUCAGCAUCAUGUUAGGGAGGACACAUCAGAAAAACACUGGACUCUACAAAUUAUUCCUUUUUUCUCCAGGUCCAAGGGCUGUGGACAAGGGCUGGUGAGGGCAGGGAGCUGCCUUCAUGGCUUGGCUUACAGAGAGAGUUGUGCUGGGAUGGGAUCUGACUUACUUUAAAAUGACCCGUUUUUAACCGUUAGAAAGAAAGAAAAUGACAUGGUUUGCCUAAAGGGGCCAGAUUUAAUUAUAACAUCGACUUGUUAACCCAAAUGCCUGAUGCAAGCUGUCUUGAGUUAAGGGAUUUUGAAGAUUAUAAGGGAAAGAAAACCAGGUUCAAUCCAAUCUAUGUCCAGUAGGUGGUAGUAAACAAGGAAGGCCUCGCUUUUCACAGAGAAUUAGCUACUAUGAAGCAUUUCAUCGCAUCUCAUAAACAAAUUAGUAAUAACCCACCAAUUGACUUUUAAAAAUAGUUUAUUCUUUUAAAAACCUUUUAAGGCAAACUGUACCUUGAAAUUAGCUCUUUACAUUCAUCAGUCUUACAGUAUGACAUCCCAAGAACAUAAGUUCCUAUAAAGUCAAGCUAUAAAAUCAUUAGUGGAUACUCUCAGUUCAGUCCCUUCUUAGUGAAUGAAAGCUCAUAACAAAAAAUACAAAAUUGAAAAUGGCUCUUGACUUGUUUCUGCUCUCCCAGACAGGAGGCACCCAUGCUCCAUCCCUGGGAAUAGAAAAAGGCUAUCUCUCUUCCUCAUUCCUUCUCCCUUAAACAAGUUUUCAACAGCAACUUGGCCCUCGAGGCUUUCCUGAGGUCCGAGAACAUUUCAUUUUAGCCCCAUUCCAUCCCUGUCCUGCUGUCAUCCAAGAACACUGGAGACAUUCACCUGAGUUAGUGGGGUUAUACAGGAAGGUUCAUCAGUAGUUGCUCCUUUUGAAUUCUCCCUGUUUAGUAGUGUUAUGAAUGAACAGCCUUAACCAAACUGACAUUUUCAGGCAGUAAAGGCACUUGAGAUAAACACAAACAUAUCAAGAAAUAAAAUUCAAUACCGUGCUCUGGAAAUUGGUAAUUUCUACCCAGGUCCUAUAGGUCCUGGCUUAGUACUAGGAAGUGAAGAGAAAUGUGGGCCUUUUUAUGAGUCACCAUGAAAAAAGGGCCAAGACACCAGGGAGCAAACACUGCCUUUGGCAACACGGCACUAUGACCCAAAACCUUGAUUAGGUUCACUAGUGGUGCCUGCAGUCACAAUUCUGGGCUCUUCCCUCUUAAUUACUGAGCAAGGAGAUAUAAGUGAAUCAGCCUCUACAGGUGACAGCUUUCUUUGGUAAGAAUACUUGAUACAAUUAUCAGCAGCAAUGAAAGAGAACCCUUAAGGUGUUUGGGUCAUUUUUGUUAGGCAAACAGCAUUUAGUGAAAGGAAGCAUGGUUGUUCAGCAGAUGAAGAGAAAGAACUGGCGAUUGAAAAUGACAGAACUUGCCCUGGUUAGUUGGCCAAUGACCCUCGAUUAAGUGCCGACUAUGGGCCAGACACCGAAAUUAAUGUGACAGAUUAAGAUGAAAAUAAAUUCAGGAUUGCUAAGUAGAAAUGAAAUGUUUCCUAAUAAAGGUCUUAUUUCCAAGAUGUAUAAGGAGCUGACUCAAAUUUAGAAUAAGAAGAGAUAAUUCCCCAUCGAUAGAUGGUUAAAUGAGAUGUGAACAGUAAAUAUGAUCUUUCAACAGCCAUGUGAACAAUGCUUCAAAUGAUGAAUAGAGAAAUACACCUUACAGGUUAUUCCUCACACUCAUAAGAUUGGCAAAGUUAAAAAAGGAGCAAAACAGCAGAUUUUGGAGGGACUAUGGGAAAAGAGGUCCAGUUAUAACUUGUUAGUGGAGAAUGGACCAGCCAUUCUAGAAAGCGAUUUGGAACUAUGCUGAAAAGUCACUAUAAAUGCAUGCUUUCUGACCCAGCAGUAUUAGCCUUACUUAGCUUAUAUCUCAGAGAUCAAAGGGGAAAGAAAAAUACCAAAUGUACCAAAAUGGGGAUAGAAACUUCUCUGAGGAAGGGGGCAAAGAAUUAGACCAUCAUUUGGGGAAGACCCCAAAUGAUGGCAUAUGAAGGUAAUAGAUUACUCUU